UUACCAUUCAUGUAAAAGGUGCUCAGUAAAUAUUUGUUGGAUGAUUAAUUUAAUAAUCAUGGAGAGGUUUUGGGGUUGGUUUCACUGCUGGUGCUUUACCUUUUCACUAUACUUCAGGCAAUAAAUUGAGUUGUGUGAAGAACUUUUACCUCAAGAUGGUUAAACUAGAUAUGUUAUCUGAGUCUGGGGGAUGAAAAGGGAAGAUUAUGUAGUAGUUUCUCGCAGAACUUAAAUUGUUUUGUACCAAGGCUAUUGCUAGUAUAAGUUAAUUGAUGAAGUAUGCCAGGUUUUGUGAUCGUAUAUAUCAGAACUAGCACACUAUUGAAAAUGUAAUUAAAACCAGUCAGCACUUUAGUGAGUACUUAAAUAUCAGUUAAACUUUGAUACAUACAUCACAACAGAGUCUUACAGUAUGAAGUUAUAUAGUCUACUAAGAUACAACAGAAUUCCCUAAUAUUUGUUCUUCUUUCCCGUCAGUUGUCUUCAACUGUUCUGAAGCACAAGACCUAUCAAACCACUGUAGAUAUGGACAAAGAAGAAAGGAAGACUAUCAACCAGGGUCAAGAAGAUGAAAUGGAGAUUUAUGGCUAUAAUUUGUGUCGCUGGAAGCUUGCCAUAGUUUCUCUAGGAGUGGUUUGCACUGGUGGCUUUCUCCUCCUCCUCCUCUACUGGAUGCCCGAAUGGCGGGUGAAGGCGACCUGUAUUAGAGCUGCAAUUAGAGACUGUGAAGUGGUGCUGCUGAGGACUACUGAUGAAUUCAGAAUGUGGUUUUGUGCAAAAAUUCGCUUUCUUUCUCUGGAAACUCACCCAUUUUUGAGCCCCAAAUCUGUGACUAAUAAAGUUUCAAAUGGCCAUGCUGUUCAUCUAACUGAAAAUUUGGCUGAAGAGAAUAGGCAUGAAAUGAGUAAAUAUUCACAGACUCAACCACAACAGGUCCGUUAUUUCACCCACCACAGUGUAAAAUACUUCUGGAAUGAUACCCUUCACAAUUUUGAUUUUUUAAAGGGACUGGAUGAAGGUGUUUCUUGUACGUCAAUUUAUGAAAAGCAUAGUGCAGGACUGACAAAAGGGAUGCAUGCCUACAGAAAAUUGCUUUAUGGAGUAAAUGAAAUUACUGUGAAAGUGCCUUCUGUUUUUAAGCUUCUAAUUAAGGAGGUUCUCAACCCAUUUUACAUUUUCCAGCUGUUCAGUGUUGUACUAUGGAGCACUGAUGAAUACUAUUAUUAUGCUCUAGCCAUUGUGAUUAUGUCUAUAGUGUCAAUUGUAAGCUCUCUGUAUUCCAUUAGGAAGCAAUAUAUUAUGUUGCAUGACAUGGUGGCAGCUCACAGUACUGUGAGAGUUUCGGUUUGCAGAGUGAAUGAAGAAAUAGAAGAGAUCUUUUCUACAGACCUUGUGCCAGGAGAUGUUAUGGUCAUUCCAUUGAAUGGGACAGUCAUGCCUUGUGAUGCCGUUCUUAUUAAUGGUACUUGCAUUGUAAAUGAAAGCAUGUUAACAGGAGAGAGUGUUCCAGUGACAAAAACUAAUUUGCCAAAUCCUUCAGUGGACAUCAAAGGAAUGGGAGAUGAAUUCUAUAGUCCAGAAAUACAUAAACGACACACUUUGUUUUGUGGGACUACUGUAAUUCAAACUCGUUUCUACACUGGAGAACUUGUCAAAGCUGUAGUAGUUAGAACAGGAUUUAGUACUUCCAAAGGACAGCUUGUUCGUUCUAUAUUAUAUCCCAAACCAACUGAUUUUAAACUCUACAGAGAUGCCUACUUGUUUCUACUGUGUCUUGUGGCAGUGGCUGGUAUUGGGUUUAUCUACACUAUUAUCAAUAGCAUUUUAAAUAAGGUAGAAAUUGGGGUAAUAAUUAUUGAGUCUCUGGAUAUCAUUACCAUUACGGUGCCACCUGCACUGCCUGCUGCGAUGACAGCCGGUAUUGUGUAUGCCCAACGAAGACUGAAAAACGUUGGGAUUUUCUGUAUCAGUCCCCAAAGGAUAAAUAUCUGUGGACAGCUGAAUCUCGUUUGCUUUGACAAGACUGGAACUCUUACUGAAGAUGGUUUAGAUCUUUGGGGGAUUCAACGAGUGGAAAAUACACGUUUCCUUUUGCCAGAAGAAAAUGUUUGCAAUGAGAUACUGGUAAAGUCUCAGUUUGUUGCUUGUAUGGCUACUUGUCAUUCACUCACAAAGAUUGAAGGAGUGCUUUCUGGUGAUCCCCUUGAUUUGAAAAUGUUUGAAGCCAUUGGAUGGAUUCUGGAAGAAGCAACUGAAGAGGAAACAGCACUUCAUAAUCGAAUUAUGCCCACUGUGGUUCGUCCUGCGAAACAGCUGCUUCCUGAAUCCACACCUGCAGGAAACCAAGAAAUGGAGCUGUUUGAACUUCCAGCUAUUUAUGAGAUAGGAAUUGUUCGCCAGUUCCCAUUUUCUUCUGCUUUGCAACGUAUGAGUGUGGUUGCAAGGGUGCUAGGGGAUAAGAAGAUGGAUGCCUACAUGAAAGGAGCACCUGAGGUCAUUGCCAGUCUUUGUAAACCUGAAACAGUUCCUGUUGAUUUUGAAAAAGUUUUGGAAGAUUACACUAAACAGGGCUUCCGAGUGAUUGCUCUUGCACACAGAAAAUUAGAGUCAAAACUGACAUGGCAUAAAGUACAGAAUAUUAGCAGAGAUGUCAUUGAAAACAACAUGGAUUUUAUGGGAUUAAUUGUAAUGCAGAACAAAUUAAAGCAAGAAACCCCUGCAGUACUUGAAGAUUUGCAUAAAGCCAACAUUCGCACUGUCAUGGUCACAGGUGACAAUAUGUUGACUGCUGUUUCUGUAGCCAGAGACUGUGGAAUGAUACUACCUCAGGAUAAAGUUAUUAUUGCUGAAGCAUUACCUCCGAAGGAUGGGAAAGUUGCCAAGAUAAAUUGGCAUUAUGCAGACACCCUAACACAGUGCAGUAAUUCAUCAGCAAUUGACUCAGAGGCUAUUCCAAUUAAACUGGUUCAUGAUAGCUUAGAGGAUCUUCAGGUGACUCGUUACCAUUUUGCAAUGAAUGGAAAAUCAUUUUCAGUGAUAUUAGAACAUUUUCAAGACCUUGCUCCUAAGUUGAUGUUGCAUGGCACUGUGUUUGCUCGUAUGGCACCUGAUCAGAAGACACAAUUAAUAGAAGCAUUGCAAAAUGUGGAUUACUUCGUUGGGAUGUGCGGUGAUGGUGCAAAUGAUUGUGGUGCUUUGAAGAGGGCACAUGGAGGCAUUUCGUUAUCAGAGCUUGAGGCUUCGGUGGCAUCUCCCUUUACCUCCAAAACUCCUAGUAUUUCCUGUGUGCCAAACCUUAUCAGGGAAGGCCGUGCUGCUUUAAUGACUUCUUUUUGUGUGUUUAAAUUUAUGGCUUUGUACAGCAUUAUACAGUACUUCAGUGUUACUCUGUUAUAUUCCAUCUUAAGUAACCUAGGAGACUUCCAGUUUCUCUUCAUUGAUCUGGCAAUCAUUUUGGUAGUGGUGUUUACAAUGAGUUUAAAUCCUGCCUGGAAGGAACUCGUGGCACAAAGACCACCUUCAGGUCUUAUAUCUGGGGCCCUUCUCUUCUCCGUUUUGUCUCAGAUCAUCAUCUGCAUUGGAUUUCAAUCUUUGGGUUUUUUUUGGGUCAAGCAGCAAACUUGGUAUGAAGUAUGGCAGCCACAGUCAGAUGCUUGUAAUACAACAAGAAGCCUAUAUUGGAAUUCUUCACAUUUGUACAAUGAAACCAAUCUUGAUACACAUAAUAUACAAAAUUAUGAAAAUACCACAGUGUUUUUUAUCUCCAGUUUUCAGUACCUCAUAGUGGCAAUUGCCUUUUCAAAAGGAAAACCCUUCAGGCAGCCUUGCUACAAGAAUUAUUUUUUUGUUGUGUCUGUGAUUAUUUUGUAUGUUUUCAUAUUACUCAUCAUGUUGCAUCCAGUUGCCUCUAUUGACCAGGUUCUUCAGAUAGUGUGUGUACCAUAUCAGUGGCGUGUAACUAUGCUCAUGAUUGUUCUUGUCAAUGCCCUUGUAUCUAUCAUGGUGGAGGAGUCAGUGGAUCGGUGGGGAAAAUGCUGCUUGUCCUGGGCUCUGGGCUGUAGAAAGAAGACACCAAAGGCAAAGUACAUGUAUCUGGCUCAGGAGCUCUUGGUUGAUCCAGAAUGGCCACCAAAACCUCAAACAACAACAGAAGCUAAAGCUUUAGUUAAGGAGAACGGAUCAUGUCAAAUCAUCACCAUAACAUAGCAGUGCAUCACUCUCGGUGGUAUGCUAGUAGCAGGAAAAUGUAAUUUUAGGACAUUCUGAUCCUGUGUGUCAGAAUGGCACCAUUUCAGUUUAUGUCCCUUCUAAUAUAGUAGCUGAUAUGAGAGCUUUUUUUUCUAAUAAACGGAACAAAACAAAAAAGAUUGGCCCAUCAGUUAAACUAAUCAUUCUGUAAAGUCCUAUAUCUUCAUUCAGUA